AUGGCACCUCUUCUUCGGUCUCUCCUCCUGCUUGCCUCCAUCACCAGACUGGCAGCUGGUGUCGCUAUUCCCGACGACACCUACGACACCAGCUGCGCGUCCGAUGAAGGGGAUGACAUCUCCUUCAUAACACUCGAGGAGCACUGGCUCGCACCCUCGUUCCAGGAGCUCUACAUGGAAAACAUUGCCACCGAGCUGCAGGGGAUCCGGAGCCGCAUCCCCCGCCUGCUCGAGGUCGGCCCGGAACGCAUCGCCGCCAUGGACGAGGGCAACGUCGCGAUCCAGGUCGUGUCACACGUGGCCACCUCGCAAAAGGCAAUGCGCCUGGUCGACGACGUCCGCGCCGCCAACGACGCCCUGCAUGCGCGCGUCGUCGACCCCAACAACGACGGCCGCUUCCGGGGUUUCUGCGCCCUGCCCAUGGCCUUCCCCAACGAGGCGGCCGCGGAGCUGCGCCGCUGUGUCCGGGAGCUAGGCUUCGUCGGCGCGCUCGUCGACGCGCACUUUGUGGGCGACCGCGGGGCGCCCAACGGUGCAACCACCCGCACCGGGUCCGAGAACAGGACCGAGGCGGCAAACGGCGGGGACGGGUACUACUUCUACGACGCCCCCGCCUACGACGUCUUGUGGGCCGCGUUGGCGGAGCUUCAGGUGCCCAUCUACCUCCACCCUUGCUACCCUCCGCAGGAUGAGAUGCUGCGCACGGGCGGCCUCUACGCAUCCUCGCUGCCCGGCACGAACGAGUCUUCCAUCCUUUCGGACUCGGACGCCGUCCGCCUCGGCACGUCGACCUGGGGCUGGCACUCCAAUGCAGGCCUGAGCUUCCUCAAGCUCUUCGCCGCGGGCGUGUUUGACCGCCACCCGACGCUGCAGGUGGUGCUGGGCCACAUGGGCGAGUUGGUGCCGUACUAUCUGGGCCGGGUGGAAUCGCGUCUGCGACGGUCCGGGGAGACAUCUACGGGCAGGAACGUGACGGACGUGUACGCCAACAACGUGUACGUGACCUUUGGCGGCUACUUUAGCCUGGCUGCCAUGUACACGCUGCUGGAGGUGACGAAUGCGACCCGGGUGAUGCACAGCGUAGACUAUCCCUUUGGUAACAAUACCCAGGGCAAAGAAUUCAUGGAAAGCCUGAGGGAGAGUGGCUUGGUUAAUGAGGAGGAGUACAAGGAUAUUGCCUAUCGCAAUGCAAAGAGGCUGUUGAAAAUCUAG